AUGAAACUUCUGGUUCUUUUUCUCUUCCUUGCGGUUUCCUCCGCCGCGGCCGAAAGCGUCGGCAUUAAGAAGGCGUUCAUGGAUAUCGACAUUGAUGGUGAACCCGCUGGACGAAUCGUCUUGGAGCUUCGUAGUGAUGUAGUUCCCAAGACGGUGGACAAUUUCAUUGGUCUCUUCGAUAAGUACAAGGGCAGCACUUUCCACCGCAUCAUUGCGGACUUCAUGAUUCAGGGUGGCGACUUUGAAAACCACAACGGGACCGGAGGGCACAGCAUCUACGGACCGCGCUUCGAAGAUGAGAACUUCGAUUUGAAGCACGAAAGAGGUGUUAUUUCCAUGGCGAACGCCGGUCCGAACACCAACGGCAGCCAGUUCUUCAUCACGACUGUCAAGACAGAGUGGCUGGACGGCAGACACGUUGUCUUCGGAAAGAUCACUGCUGACUCGUGGCCCACUGUCCAAGCAAUUGAGGCUCUCAGCGGUGGAGGUGGUCGCCCGACGAAGAAGGCGGUCAUCAAGGACAUUGGCCUGUUGGAGUGA